UGUUGUUGUAUGAAAAUUACAUGUCAAGUAAUAAUCGCCUUUUUGUGAUAAUAUUAAUUAAGAUUUUCGGUCUGGUACUUGGUAGACUCUACUCAGGUUAUUGUUGUCACUUGUCGGUAACUUCGAUCGAUCUUAAAAUCAAAAUAUCGAUGUCACGUCUCUGAACCAUAGUCCGCCGCCCAUCAAAGCUUUUCUCCGAUCAUCAAGACAUUUUGAGUUCGUCUUUUCGUGCCAACAUGUCUUAUCAACUGUACAGGAACACGACUCUGGGGAAUACUCUUCAAGAGAGCAUCGACGAAAUGAUUCAGUAUGGUCAAAUAACACCUGCUCUCGGCAUGAAAAUCCUGCUGCAGUUCGAUAAAUCUGUAAACAAUUCAUUGGCCACACGUGUCAAGUCUAAAAUAACAUUUAAGGCUGGAAAAAUGGACACUUAUAGAUUUUGUGAUAAUGUGUGGACAUUUAUGUUAAGUGACGUAGAGUUCAAAGAAACUCAAGAAAUAGCUAAAGUUGAAAAAUUGAAAAUUGUUGCAUGUGAUGGAAAAAGUGUAACUGAUGAAAAUUCAAAGAAAAAUUAAUCUUGACUGUUAAAGAGUUACUAUUAUUAUUUAUUUUUGCACUCACAAAAUAUUGUUUAUGUACUUAUAUAACAUUGUUGAUGUACUUAUUUUUUUUUUGUGUAUUAUCU